AUGGAGACCACAGUGGAGCCUCCUCGCCGACGAAUGUCCUCGGACCUUCGCAGCAUCAGCUCGCCCUCAGCAGGCGAAACCUGUGAAGCGCAGGAGUUCUCAAAGGAGACGUUUGCGCUCUUUGGCGACGAGAUUGUUGGUGCAAAAUGUGAGCCAAGGGAAGGAUUCCAGAAUAAGGUGCAUGAGCUUCUCCGUGAUUUUGAUGAGCUUCGCAGGCCGUCCUUGCGGAAGAAUCUCUCUUGUCCAUUCUCGGGGCGCCCGAGAUCGCAGACUGAAGAAAGCCCUUUGUCUUUUGCCCGCAGGCAGAGGUCAGAAGGCUACGCAAGCGAAGGCGUGAAAGCUGGAAGAGCAAGAGGCUCUUCUUGCUUGAAGGAGCUCAAUGCAAUGAGAGGGGAAGUUGACGAUGACAUCACAAAGAUUCAGAACAGCGUUUGUGUAUCCGACAACGCCGCUGCGGCCUGUAUUUCCUUCAGCACGGCUGCUACUACGCAAGAGCCAGAUGCCUCGGGCGACUGCGGCGAAUGGCAGUAUGAGACCCUAAUGGGGCCGUCCUCUCGCUGUACUUCUUCCGUCUCCUUCCAGCCGCUCCCCGCAGCGAGUCCUUCCUCCACGCUCAUCCUGUUAGAUUGGGACGACACGCUCUUCCCUACAACUUGGCUCGAGUCCAAAAAGGCCUUCAAGAAUGCUAGCAAGGCAUGGCAGGAUGAGCAGCCAGAGGUGCACUUGAGCGCUGAAGAUUUGGGUGCCCUAGAGGAGAUGGAUGAGACAGCCAGGGCGCUGGUCCAAACAGCCGCUGAAUUGGGUGAAGUUUGUUGUGUUACCCUUGCGCAGCGACCAUGGCAAGAGGUGUCCAUGAAGGUCUUCAUGCCCAAGCUCCACGAAGUCUGGAAGGAGCUGGAUAUCCCUGUGCAUUAUGCCAGCGAAGAGCCUGGCUGCCCUAGACUGAGCAGCUCUGGCCCUGCCGCCCGUGCGAUCGUGAAGGAUCCAGCUGAAUUAAAGCACCUUCAAGAACGACAGCAAGUGGCGAAGAAGAUGAAAGCUAUGGAGAAAGUCAUCAACCGCUUCUACGGGUCAACUUGGGAAAACUUGAUCAGCAUUGGUGACGGAGAAGCAGAGUGGGAUGCGGUCCACGAGUUGGUGUUCAACCAUGUCAACCCCACAAGCGACAGGCCAGAACAGGAGCUACACCUCAAGACUGUCAAGUUGUUGGAGGAGCCCACCUGCUCUUUGCUCCAUGCACAGUUGCAGGUGAUCCACGCCUGGCUUCCAUCAAUUGUGAGCCGGGAAGAGGAUCUCAACACCCGCUUGCCCGAGAAUGAAGAAGAAAUUCUAGCAGUGCCGGCGUUUCGCCUGCGGACCGAAGCGAUUGCUGCAGCAUUCUUGCCGAAGCGCCCCGAGGCAAGUCUGGAUCCGUUGCUCUCUGGCAAUACGGAGUCAGUCAAAGAAGCGCAGGUGGCACAUUUCGAGGAGCAGCGGCGUCAGCGUCUUCAGAAUAUUGAGAUCUCAUCAACUCGUUUGUCGCAGGGCAGGAGUACGUGGGGUGCAGAUCGCGAGGUGAAGCAACGCAACUCUCAGGCCAUCGCCAGUCUGACGGCACCUUUGCCUUGGUUUCGCCCUGAUGAGAAGGAUCCAGAAAGCGAGAAGAGCCCAAAGAGUCCGAAGAGUCCCAGGAAGAAAAGAGGCAUGUACGCAACUGCAACGGACCGCUGGGAUUUGUUUGACAAGAGCCUGAGGGGCACAGGUGUCGAGCGGUCCCCCAAAAGUCGCUCACCGCGACGGGUGGAACUCGAUGACCACGAUCUCUUCAAGCUGAGCUUGGCUGAACAACCUCUCCUUCCAGAGGAUCCAGUUGAGGCCUAUUUCCAGAGUCAAGACUGCAGGAUAGAUGAUGUACACUCCUACAAGAAGGGCAGCGUUUUCUGCAUUCCUGAUGAAGCCGAAGUCCGCAGAAAGAGACCCUCACGCCCAAUAGCAAGAGCUCGGGUUCAGUCCUUCCGGGACCCAAAGGCGAUGGCUCGUGUGGCCUCCUUCCUUGAGGGAGAAAGUCAGGAGCGGCGGCGGUCCCAGCAAUCCGAUAGCUUGGAAGAGCUGCCAGAGAGGCCUGAUCUGCUUGACCAAUUGUCAAGGCAAAAGAUGAGCCAACUUCGAAGAGACGCAUGCCAACUCAUGAGAAUGUUUGUCUUUGGGGCUGUAGGCAAUGAGAAUUGCAAAACAAAGAGAGAGAGGGAGAGCGUGUUCUUUGAGAGUUGCGGCACGAAGGAUGACAUGCCAAAGCUCUUGAAAGCGUGGGACAAGAUAGACCCGGAUGAUGCGGGUCGCAUUGAACUUGCUCAAGUGCAGCGCUUUGCGGAUCGUUUGAUGAUCGACUUGGCUGCAGCGCAUAAAUGGCUGGAGAGCAAUGCCCUAGGCGCCCAAGAAGAUCCGCAAAGCAUCUUGAGCCGAAUGCCACCCUGGAUUGCCAGCACAGCUGAGGAGCGCUCCCGCUUUGUCCAGAAGCUUUGCGAACGCCUCACCGCGGCCCUCUCUGCAGCGCGAAAGCCGAGCUUCAGUUUGGAGGACAUGAUGCGGAUCAUUUGGCCUUGCUCCUCUUCCGCGGAUUUGGCACAGAUGUCAGCUUGGUGCGAAGAGAUCAACAACACCCGCGACAAAUGGCAGGUGACUCCACCACCUGUUCUGCCUGCAGAGGCGAAAGAUGCGCUACAGGCAGUGUUCGACUACUUCGACAAAGACGGCGGAGGGAAGAUCUCUGCCAACGAGCUCGUUCUCUCUGGCCUUGUCGACAAAGCUGGUGCAAGUGAUUUCGUGAGGACUGCAGCUGGCCCUACUGGGGAGAUCGGUCUUCGAGACUUUUGCGAGAUGCUUUGUCCGCAUGGCUACCGUGCAACACAAGAGUCCGUGGUUGGCAGCACUGUGCUUGGCCGAGCGGCGAGGUUGGACAAGACAACGGGGACAUGGCGACUGAAGGGCGCGAAGCCCAUUGCUGCCGUGCGCUACCGCUAUAGCAGCUUUGGACGAGCCUCACGGAUGAAGUUGGGCAGCAUUUCGGGAGGCAAAAUAGAAGGCCUAAAGUGA